AUGACACGGAAAGAAGACGAAGAAGAAGAUGAACACGGAAAGAAGGAAGAAGAAGAAUUGGGGGAGAAAGUGGUGGUUGUUGGAGGGAGAAAGGUGAAGUGUGAGGUGGAAGUGAUUUCAUGGAGGGAGCGUAGAAUCAAAGGCGAGAUUUCUGUUGAUUCCGACGUUGAUUCCGUUUGGCGUGCUCUUACUGAUUACGAAAGGCUUGCUGAUUUCAUCCCAAAUCUUGUUAGCAGUGGGAGAAUUCCCUGCCCACAUCCAGGGAGGAUAUGGUUAGAGCAGAGAGGCUUACAAAGGGCACUGUAUUGGCAUAUCGAAGCUCGUGUCGUUUUGGAUCUUCAAGAAUUUCUUAUCUCUGAGGAUGAUCGCGAACUUCGAUUCUCGAUGGUUGAUGGAGAUUUCAAGAAAUUCGAAGGCAAAUGGUCCGUUAAGUCUCGCAACGACGGGUUGGAAAUAACAAGUUUGGGUUACGAAGUGAAUGUGAUACCGAGGUUCAAUUUCCCUGCGAUUUUUCUCGAGAGAAUAAUCAGAUCGGAUCUUCCCGUAAAUCUUCACGCCUUAGCAUGUAGAUCCGAGAGCAAUUUCGAAUCGCCUUUAUAUUCCCAUUCCGUUGAAAGUAAUAAUAAUAUAGAAACGGAAUUGAAGAACGACGUUACGAGUGGAGAUACUAUUGUUAAGGAAAAGUACGUGAAAGCGAGUUUCGGUCCUUUGUCACCUGCUACGAAUGGAGAGUCGAAUAGUAAUUGGGGAAUCUUUGGAAAAACUUGCUCGCUCGAUAAACCGUGCAUGGUGGACGAAGUUCAUCUCCGUAGAUUCGAUGGCUUAUUGGAAAAUGGAGGUGUUCAUCGAUGCGUCGUUGCAAGCAUAACAAUAAAAGCUCCGGUUCGUGAAGUUUGGAAUAUUCUCACGGCUUACGAGAGUCUCCCUGAGAUAGUUCCGAAUUUAGCUAUCAGCAAGGUUUUGUCGCGAGAAAACAAUAAAGUCCGAAUUCUUCAGGAAGGGUGCAAGGGACUGUUGUACAUGGUUCUGCAUGCACGUGUUGUACUUGAUUUAUGCGAGGAUCUCGAACAAGAGAUUCGAUUCGAGCAAGUUGAAGGAGACUUUGAUUCUUUUCGAGGGAAAUGGAUUCUCGAGAAAUUUGGUAGUCACCACACACUGUUGAAGUAUUCGGUUGAGUCCAAAAUGCACAAGAACUCCUUUCUUUCCGAAGCUAUUAUGGAAGAGGUGAUUUACGAAGAUCUCCCUUCAAACUUGUGUGCUAUUCGAGAUUACAUGGAGAAACGAGAGAUCGAGAAUCGUCAGGACAACGACAGCUGUGCAGCAGAUAAAGACACAGCCUCAUCAAAAAGCGCAAACUCCCUUAGUACCGAAGCAAAGGAUUCUUAUUGCGUCUCGAGUUCGUCUAAACAAAGGCCAAAAGUUCCAGGUUUGCAGAGAGACAUUGAAAUUCUUAAAUCGGAGCUCGUAAAUUUCAUUUCCGAACACGGGCAGCAAGGAUUUAUGCCCAUGCGAAAGCAAUUACGUGAGCAUGGGCGAGUCGAUAUCGAGAAGGCAAUUACGCGCAUGGGUGGAUUUAGGAGAAUCGCAUUAUUGAUGAAUCUGUCACUUGCCUAUAAACACCGAAAACCAAAAGGUUAUUGGGAUAAUCUUGAAAAUUUGGAAGAAGAGAUUAAUCGAUUCCAGAGGAACUGGGGUAUGGAUUCAUCAUUCAUGCCUAGUCGAAAAUCUUUCGAACGUGCAGGUCGUUACGACAUUGCGCGCGCAUUGGAGAAAUGGGGAGGACUGCACGAAGUAUCUCGUCUUUUGUCGCUCAAGGUGAGGCACCCCAACCGACAAGGUGGACUUUCGAAAGAAAAGAAGGUUGACUUUGUCGUGUCACACAGUAUAAUUGGUCAAGAGAAUAUACCAUCGAAAACAUAUGUUUCACAAGACACACAAAAAUGGCAAAUGCAACUCAAGGAGUUCGACAUAAAUUGGGUUGAAUAAAGAUGUUUCAACAUGUGAUAUUAUACCUCCUGUAAAUACGACCGUAACCGUAAUUUCACUGCUCGUUGAUAUGUAUAUAUUUAUAUAAAGAACGAUACAUAUUUACUUACCGAAUAUACCAACGGAGAAGCCGUUUUUUUGA